AUGCCUCUUCACCCUGACAGGAAGCCGUGUUUCACCAUCUUUUUUUUCCUGUGCUGCGGCAUCACCCUUCAUGCAGAGACUGUUCAGCAAUACACGUCUUCCUAUUCCGGAGAGUAUGGGGGGACAGGAGGAAACCGCUUCUCUCAUUCAGGAAACCAGCUAGAGGGACCCAUAACUGCCUUAAGGAUCCGGGUUGACCAUUGGUACAUUAUAGGCUUGCAGGUCCGUUACGGUCGGGAAUGGAGUAACUACGUCGGUGGCAAAUCGGGAGACCUGGAGGAAAUCUUCCUGUUUCCAGGGGAGUCCAUCUAUUAAGUAUCAGGGAAAUACGGCAGUUAUCUCCGCAAACUCAUCUUCAUCACUAGCAAGGGGCGCAUCUUUCCUUUUGGCAAGGAUGUAGGCACCAGUUUCAAUGCAGCACCGCUCUUCCCAAACACGAUCCUGCGUUACCUCAGCGGCCGGUCCAGUUCGGCCAUUAACGCCAUUGGCUUCCAUUGGGAUAAGUAUCCUAGCAGUUGCAAAGGUUGUGGAAGUUGGAAAGAAGGGCAGAAGAACAAGAGAGAACUUGACCAAUAGGAUGGAGAGAGGGCAGCAUAGCAGAAGGGCAGCAGUCUUUCCCCUCCCUGUCAAUGAGAUUAGUGUGAUAAGUUAUUUUAACCCCCUCAGCAUCCGGGGAUAAGCUUUCUCCAGUGUGCCUGUCCUGUGGCCAGCUAUCUGCCUCCUUACAGAUGCAUUCUGUACCUCCAGACCAGAGCAACCUUGUCUUCCAACAUGCUUCCCACCCCUCUUUUACCAUGAAAGGGAAGGGAAAGAAAG